GGUCAGGCCAUCCCUAUCUCCAGCAAUCAUUCCAAUGACCACUACAUCGCCUUCGGGCCUCGGAUUGUCGACACUCAAUCUUUCGUAAAUAGCUAAUAUCACCAUAGGUAUUGAAAUGCUAUCUUCACAGAUGACUGGAUGGGCCAAUUACUUUGUGGUCAUUUUGCAUAUGACUUUGGUUUACGAGGUGCGCGCCUCUCACGAAAAGCGGCUCAUCAGAGACUUACUCAAAUUGUACAAGAACGCAGGUCGCGUGGGUCGUCCAGUGAAUGACAGCAAUGAAGGGAUAGACGUGGAGUAUGGCUUAUCUAUGAUACAGAUUCUUGAUCUGGAUGAACGCAACCAAGUCCUCACCACGAAUGUCUGGGGCAACUACAAAUGGAGGGACAUUUUACUGACCUGGAAUCCAGUGGACUAUGGAAAUGUGACAACUGUCCGUGUUCCGACUUCAAAAAUUUGGCUUCCAGAUAUAAAGUUGUAUAAUUAUGCUGACACACGACUACAGGAGCUCCGAGAGGCCUUGGCCGUAGUGUAUAGCGACGGUACCGUUAUGUGGAUCCCCCAAGGAAUCUAUAAGAGUUCCUGCUCUAUAGACAUCACACACUUCCCCUUUGACGAACAACGAUGUAAGAUGAAGUUUGGAUCUUGGACCUACGAUGGCGCUAAACUGGACGUCCACUUUUAUGACAACGGGACGGGCUUUGAUUUCGGGGACUAUAUAGAGAGCAAUGAAUGGGACAUCAAGGAGUUUACUGCCAAGAAAAACAUCAAAAAAUACAACUGUUGUCCGGAGAUUUACCCGGACUUGACCUUUUCAAUGGUCCUAAAACGAAAGGUGGCUUUCUAUAACUACAUUCUGAUUCUGCCUUGUGUUCUCCUUUCUUCUUUGACGCUCGUGCUCUUUUGGCUGCCUCCGGAAUCCCCGGCUAAGAUGCAACUGGGUAUGAACAUUUUCGUGGCGUUCUUUGUGCUUCUGCUUCUCUUGGCUGAAUCAACGCCUCCUGCGGCUACUUCUAUUCCGCUUAUAGGGGCGUACUACUGCCUGAACAUGAUACUGAUAACGCUAUCCACUUUCCUCUCCGUUGUUGUUGUAAACCUCUACUUUCAUGGGAAUCGAUCUAAAGUGCCCAGGAUUCUGAAAAUGAUUAUGAUUGAUUUCAUGGCUCGUGUGAUGUGUAUGAGAAGCCAGGUGAUCUCGCUCACGGCCGACACGUUUGAGAGCACGAGACUAUUGUCUAAGACGGUGAAGGAACGGAGCAAGCAGUUCCGGGAGAUCAAGUAUGACAAAGUUGGCUCCGUGGAUGCGCAUCGGGAGGACUCACCGAGCUGGAGGGUGCUGACUAACGGCAGUGUCCGCACGGAGAUGGACACGUUCCUGGACAAACACCAGAACAUGUCCUCCCUGGUCAACCUCGAGUCGGAAGUCCGAGAGGUCAAACGUCACAUCCAGGUUAUGACAGACAGAAUCGCAGAAAAGGAUUUCAAUGAUAAAAUCGGCAAGGAAUGGAAAAUUGUAGCUCUUGUUUUGGACAGGAUGUUUUUCAUUCUGUAUUUCUGUUGUAUUAUUGUGUCAAUCUUCACGAUUUUCCCGAAGGCCACGUUCUGGUGAAAUAUUACCAUGACGUAAUUGUGGUAACACAUUGCCGUGACGUAGUUGUGGUAACACAAUGCUAUGGAACAUUUGUAGAAAGACAUUCCCAUGUUGUAGUUAUGGUAAGAACAUUUCCAUGACGUAACUAUGGUUACACAUUGCCAUGACGUAGUUGUCGUAACACAAUACCAUGGCGUAUUUGUGAUAAAACAUUUCCAUGAUGUAAUUAUGGAAAGAACAUUUCCAUGACGUACAUGUAAUUGUGGUAGCACAUCACCAUGGCCUAUUUGUGGUAACACAAUAUCAUAGAAUACUUGUGGUAAGAACAUUACAAUGGCGUUGUUGAGGUCAGAUAUUACCAUUGCUUACUUUGUGGAGACAUUGGUACGGUAUAGUUAAAUGGAACACUUCGAUGACGUGGUUGUGGUCAGACAACCCCAUUGCUGCGUUGGACCACUUCCAUGACAUGGCAUCCUUAUGACAUUAAAAUGGUUUCGUGUUGAUGAGACAUUGCCAUGGUAGAUCUGUUAAAAUAUUACCAUGACCACGAGUAAGUGAUACAUUUCAUUGCCGGAGAGUGUUAAAAUACACAUGAUGGAUUCGUUCUGGUGAGCUUUACUAUGAUGAUGUAGUUUGGUAACAUUACCAUGGGAUACACGUAGUUCUGGUGACAGGUUUGUAAUAAAAUUGGUGAUACUGUCGUGUAUCUGGAAUGAAGUCAUGGUCCUGCACAAACUUGGCAGAAUGAAAACAAUUCGAAUAAUCAGAGUGGUUUGACCUGAAACACUUGUGUAUGCUAUUAAACAUCAAAGACGUUUAUUGAUGAAACUGACAUUAAUUUAGCCUUCUCAAUUUGCUCAGUGGAUUAUGGUACGAAAUCGAACUGUUAUUGACGCAACAAAACGUAACGAGAACAAACACUGCGUUAUCAAGUUGCUGAACGUCCCGAUAAUAUAUAUAUGUGUGUGUACAAUGACAAUUUGUUUGGUAUCACUAAUUCAUUAUGCUCUCUGAUAUUCAGCUAUAUACCUGAGAGGUUGUCAAGAGGCUUAUUGAAUGCACGAGUCUACUUGAAUGAAUUCGCUCAAUGUGAGUAGCUGCAUCGUGAGUUAUGUUUAAGACAAGAACCAGCUGCACAAUGGUCUUGAAAUCCUGUUUUAUGCUCACUACAGGCAUCGACAUAUUGUGUGUUAUGUCGGUAACACAGUACGUUUCCACUGCAUAAUUGUUUUCCGAAAGUCUACGUUCAUUAUUUCACCCAUAGCCAUAUAAUGUUGUCCGAGUACACAAUCGCGUGCAAAUCUGCAAAUGACAGUUCCAGUGCCUAUUUAACUGGAACAGUAAGCGAGUUUUGAAACCGAACUUGUGAUGUGUCAAAAGUGUUAGUCAGCUCCUGAUCACAUUAAUUCACCGAGUAUUUGUCUGAUCGUGGGCAGGGCACAAAUGACACAUCUGUCUUUCAAGAACUUCUUAAUUUCACAAACCUUCAGCUCACCUGUUUUCUCCAUUGUUCAUUUGGUCUCCAAUAUCAUAGUAAUUAUGAUUAAAAUAGUAGAACUUUUCGUACCUUCAGCGUUAAAAAAUUCGAACUCAAAACUCCCACUGGUCUAAACAGGGGAUUACAAUCUGUCGCGUUGGUUUCUUUUAUCUAAAAAUAUAAAUGUUAAGCUGGACGCAGUGAUCGUUCAUAGACGUUAUGUAAAUAAAUUCUAAGGUUACGAGUUGAUGUUCAAAUAGCUUAGACCUACUAUUAAAAUACUAACGUAGUCCCACUCUCCUAAACUUCUCUGGAAGAAAUAUUUCUGUUAUUAAACGUGCAUGGUAGAGACAUUGUUUUCAAUUAUUUGACCACUUGGAUCUGUACGUAGAGAGAUAAAUUUCGUUUCCUCAAGGUAUUACACAUAACCCGGUGUAUGUUUGUACAUGUGGUUCAUGGGAGUGGUUUCUAAUGUUGUAAAUAUUCAUAUACGUGUUAACAGCCGACGCACUCGCUCGCCUGCUACUGAGGUCUCGGAAAAAUCGGGUAGAAACCCACGCAAGGGAGAAAACUCGUCGUUGUUAUUUUCUUUGUUGUCCACGAAAUUAUUCCCCAUUUCGAUUUAAUGUCAUGGAGAGGCGUACAUUAAUUUAGAAAGUAAAGAUUUACUUUUUUGUUCUUUGUUAAAAUGAUAAUAUAUCUUCAUAUGCUUUGACCUGUAUUUAAAACGUUAUCUAUUUAAAAGUAAAAUUGUUUUCGGGCAUGUCCAGAAAGGUAUUUUCAACGCAGUAGUUACCACAAUACGUAAAUCGUACCUCUUUACCUUAAUACUGCUAUCACGAAGUGGUUUAUACCAAGCAUAUGACCGUUGUUUCGAUAUUUGUGGGUAUUUCACCAAAUAUCUGCUUUUAGAUAAAUGCCCCGAUAGCUUCAGUGAUAAAGAGCAAAGUACAUGCAGAACGUUGGUUCACAUAAUCACGUAUGUAAUCUCUGUAAAAGGAGCUGGUUUGGUAAGGCGGAGAACUGUGCACGUGAAAGUUUCAGUAAAAUUUUUUCUAGUUAUCGUCGAUUUUCAGGAAGUAAAUUAAAAACGCAGUGCCUUGUUUGAACCAAAAACCGUUCUUUUUUAUCGUAAGUGCAUUUUUGACGGGUUAUUACUAAGCAACCAUCUCUUCUAGGUCAUAUGAAUUUUAUGGGCACUUCCAGAAAGUAUUAUACAUUUGAUUUGGAAAUUUACAGAAAUUAGCUGGGUUUUUGAAAUUAGCAAUCUUAUCGUACCACUAUGGGACCGAUUUUCCGCCUUAUCGCACCGGGUCCUUUGCGUGUCAUAGCAGCCGUUUUCAGCACAAGUACAUACGGAUUCUUCUUUUCUAUGCUAUUUUACCCAUUUAGCACUGUAAAUAGACGCAGGAUUACAUGUACAGGAAAUACAAUUUCCAAUUAAAGAUUGA